AUGGCUUUCGUUGAUACAGGCAUCACCGAGCCUGACUUCCAACAAGGCCACCGUGUCCUUGAUGCUGCUUCAGUUUGGCUUCGGGAAGCAUCUCGCGAUGGGAAGCGUGCCAUCGACCGGAAGAGCAUGAGCAGCACCUACGGUGGUUCUUUGUCUGCCAGAGCGCUGAACAAGAUGUCCGAUCCUGCGCAGAAAAUCGUCGUAUCAGCCGGCGGCCUCUCCGCAAGAGAUUCUUGGCGUUUGGCCAAGGAGCCGGCACCGAAGCAAGGCGGUCUCCUCCUGCCGUUGACAGCUGACGAGCGCAAGUUGCAAGACUUGGUUCAAUCCAUGGCAAGCAAGGCCGCACUGCGUUUCGCCUCCAUCAGUGACGUCUUUCGCGGGCUCGAUCCGGACCGGGAUGGUAAGAUUGACCGCAGUGAGCUCCGCUAUUUUUUCCGGACCUGUGGGCAGACAGAUGCAGUCGCAGACAUGUUCUGGAAGCACUUGGGUGCUGCGGAGACUUGUGAUCUCUUAGACUAUGACCUCCUCGUAAGCUUCAUGCGCCCGUUUCUGGUCGCUGCAUACCAGGGAGUUGGGCCAAGGCGGGAGGUUGCAGUCGAGAAGGAGACCAAGCAGGAGCGUACCGAGCAACUGGAUGCGGUCAAAGUCGAAUUUGCUGAGUUACUGGCGGCGGUCAAGAACAAGGCCAGGGGGUUCAUGCAGCCGAAGAAGGCCUACCGCUGUCUCGGUACACCGGGGAAGGACCGCAUAACGAAGAACGAGAAUCGUGCCUUCUUCCGGUGUUUCAACCUGGCUGGUGAGCAAGCCGAAGCGUUCUACGACCGCCUUGCAGAGGUUGGCUCUGGCGAGGUGAGCCACUCUUUGUUUGCAGAGGCUCUCAACGAUUGCUUUGUCCGUGAACCAGACUAUGGCUCAUUCAGGAUUCCGAAGAAGAAAGAGCUCCCGCAAGCCCCGGCUCUGGAUGAGGAGGCUCCGGAGGAGCCAGCCUGGAGCAGGCUGAGAACCUACCAACCAGCCGAGGAGACGCUGUUCAGUUUCAAGCAAACCGUGGACAGCAAGCUCCUCAAGGAACUCCGGGAGGUGAUGCGCGAUAUCGGCCACAAAGUUCGGAUGAGCUAUAAGCGCCCUCGUGAUGCUCUUCGCCCACUGGAUCUGCAGAAGGACGGUAUCAUCCGGAAAGAGGAGAUGCGGGACUUUUUCCGUGGUUUCAACAAGUCUGAAAGCUUCGCAGACCAGGUCUUCACCCUCCUGGAUCCCUCCGGGACUGGAAAGGUGGACUUUAGCGAGUUCCUGAUGCACUUCGACGAAGUGCUGACACCCGCCCACCGGCAGGUGGAACGAGCGCCCGUCAUCGGUCUGGCCGAUCUGGGAAGGUCGAUGCAGGCAGCAACUGUCGUGAAUGCCAUGGGGCACCGCAUGCUGACGAAAUAUGCGAAUGCUCGGCAAGCUUUUCGCGAUCUUGACUUGGACAAGGAUGGAAAGGUAAGUAGGAAAGAGUUGCAGUUCUUCGUUAAGAAGAUGGGCCUCCCUGUCGAAGCGGCUGAUGUGCUGUUUGAAGCCCUGACGCCCAGCGAUUUCGGAGGCCUUAUCGAUCAAGACACCUUUGUGAGCCUCUUCCUUGACCUCAAAGGUGACCUGAACACCAGCAGCAAGACCAGUCUGAGGUUGCCAAAGCUUCCAUGA